AUGGCAGUACCUAACACGACAAUGGAUUUGGAUCCAGGAGAUGAGUGUACUUUUGAGAAGACUGCUGAAAAUAGCACGCUUAUAGAUCUGGCUAACAAGUGGUCAAAGAGGUGCAACAAGGGAAAUAAACCGAAAGAUGAGCGCGAAGAGAAUUUUCAAGCAGUGGUGUACUGCUCCUCUGAAUGCUUGCGUCAGGAUUGGAAGGAACACAAGCAGAAGUAUUGCGGAAAGGACAAAACCGACCGUAUCGAUAUUGAAUCAUACUGGCCAUUCCUGGCUACCAUCACAACACAAUUACGAGAACUUCACAACCUGUACACACAUCCUGCUCUGCGUCACCGCAUUCUUAACACCCCAGAUCUUCUCGUGCAAGAGGCCCCAUACAACAUCGUCCGGGACAGGUUUUCUUCUGAAGACCCUCUGAGCGGAAAACAGUUGUUCACCUUCCCGAAUGGCGUUCGUGCGGUACCCAUUGUUCUUGGCGAAAAAAUUGACAGGAAGACCGCAGCAGAAAAGUGGUGGCCCUCUGCGCCGUCCAAAGCCGCACGCUACAAGCUUGAAAAACGUAUUAUGUCAGAGGGACACCUGCUACCGGUCUAUCUUUGCAUAUGCCUCGCGCUGGUAUCGGAGAUGUACACAACUACUGCGGUGCCGGACUAUGAAUCUGUGGACGUGGAAGCUCAGGCUACGGGGAGACGUCGCGUCCGACUGACAUGUGGUAGCUCACCUAUCUCAGAUUUUGGGAUUGCACAGGGCAGACUGUACACCAAAGACGAGCAAAGGCUUGGAUACUGGUUUGCCGACCCAAAUUCAAAGACAAGACCUGGCGUAGACAGGUAUAUGAUGGGGCAGGAUCCUAACAAGCAUUACCGAAUAUAUGUUGAGACGCUCUCGGGAAACAUGUGGUAUCUGGAUUUUGGGUCCUACACGUUCGGUAUGGCUGUGCUAGUCGAUGUCCAGCCGUACCGGCUCCCAGGGCAGCAUAACACCGAUUACGGACUUGAAGUCGACUUUGUUCCAGGGAUGUUCUAUGGCCGCCAAUACCAGAAAGGAGGAGGGAUGGAUUCUUCCAAUUUCAAACUCGAUCGUCGAUUUUCUAUUUUGCGGAACGAGAAGGUACACGAUAUUGUCCAGUGGCGGAAGCAUGGUGUCAACGAUGUAAAGAUACACUCGUUAAUGGAAGAUGUUAAAGGAAGCAAAUGCUCCGAUGCUGAAAAGGAGAUGGUCAUUGAUUUUCUUCCUGAAGCUGUAGAGCUCAUUCAUUGGAAUGUCGUUAAACGCGAACACUUGAAUUUCCCGAAGGAGCCGGCAAUCGAUAUUGAUGAAGAUUUUUCAGGAAAUUUAAGGAGUGUUUGUACGCCGGAAUUCGAGGAGAAAAUCGCGCAAUGGGCUAGGAGGUUUAGAAUGGGAAAAACCCGUCUUGAUGGCUUGAUGUCGUACACCUUCCCAAACAGCGUCUCUGCAAAGCCUAUUGUACUCGGGUCAUCGCACCCUCAAGGGUCCCCGCUAGAAGCAUGGUGGCCAACAGCUCAGUCGGACUCAAUCCGCCUCAAACUGUACAGACGCACCGCAAACGAGGGGAACCACGUACCCAUAUACAUCGCGCUGUGCAUCGGUCUUGUGGCAGCAAUGUAUAAAACCACUGCGGUUGCGUGUGACUCGGCAGAGUACGAUGAAUCUGUCCCGCUGGUAGAUCGGCGACGCGUGCGGCUGAGCUACGAUGAUACGCUCAUUUUGGAUUUUAGGAUUAUUCUGGGCUCGUUUCUCGUCUCUGGAAAGGACAAGCUUGGGGUAUUGGUUCUCAGAGGCGUACCGUGCAGAGAAUGA